GCGGAGCUGGACACACUCCUGCAAGCCGCCGAAAUCGAGGUGGAGCAGGUCAAAACAGCGCAGGCUGCGGUGCUCAAAGCACAGAACGCCGCCGAGGCGGAGGCCAAGGCCACCCCAGAGGGCGGCGGCGGCGCUCUGGAUAAGGACCUGAUUAAAGUGGCGACUGGCCUCGAGACAUCAAGCGAGGAGGCCAAGAAGUCCGUUGCAGGAUGCAUGGCUCUCGUCGAAGGCAACGUGAACAUGAUGCGGAUACGCGGCCCCACAGAGGAGCUGAAAGCAUCGGCCGCUGUCCUUCAGAAUCGAGCGCGGGAAGUGAAGGCCAGCCUGGAAGAUACGCUGCAGAAGGUUCGCACUGCAAAAGCCGGUGCGACUGCGCGCGUGGAGCGCGAGGCCCGGAAGCUGGCCGCCAAGCAGGAGGCUUUGCGGCAGGAAAAGAUCUUCAAGCAGUACGACAAGGAUGGUGACGGGCUGCUCAAUGAGGAGGAGAUUCGGGCCUAUGUCGCUGGGGAGCACAAAUUCGAGCUCGCAGAGGACAAGCUCCAAAACAUCCUGUCCAAACAUCCAGACGGUGUGGCGCACAAGGACUUCGCGCAGUUGAGGUCUCAGAUUGCCAUAGUCUGGUCGGAGAUCUUGAACAAGCGGAGGAAGGAGAAGAACGAGAAGCAGAUGGCCACCAUCAAGAAGAACUCGGCAGAGAUUCUGUCGGCACUGAGCAGCGUUGAGGGCGAGGUCGCCAAGGCGGAGGCUCAGGUCCGGAUAUUGGGUCCAAUGAUCGGCGCUUCGAUGCUGGACAUGCUCAGCGAAAGGACCGAGGCAGCAGAGAGUGCCGUUGACGCCGCCCGGGAUUUCCUGGCUGCUGCAAAGGAGCAGGCCCUGGGGCUGGGCGUUGACAGCAACUUCGAGACGGAGGCUAAGCAAAUGGCCUUGGGUGAGGCGAAGACUCUGCAGACGAAGGUUGUUGCGCUCGAGAACCGCGUGAAUGCAGCAGCGGUUUUGUCAAAGGCCGCACGGAGCAAAAUUCAGCUCCAGGAGCGAAAAGCGGCACUUCUGCGUGAGGCGACGGCUAUGUGA